AUGUGGAGCCCGAGGCUCGUUUCCCCUUCGUUAAGAGGCCUUCCAAUCCGCAGGCCUCUAUCGACUCUUCGCGGCAAAAACAAUCGCUUCGGUCCGCGCAGCAGCAUCGUACGGCCGGGACGAAUUCCUCAAGCUCAGAAAUCAGAUGAAACGCCGCAGCAACCAGAGACUCCAGUCUCAGAGUCCCAGGAUACAGCAAAUCCCAACUAUGACCCUUCGCAAAAUACCCUCCUCGCGCCUGUCUAUCUUCCAGAAGACCCCAAUGGCGUUCUCAAAGAAACGCAUCCAGCGACGAAACUCCUGGCCAACUCAGCAUUGGUUGUACAGCGCCAGCUAGAGUUAAUGAAUGUCAUGAUCGGCUUCGAGCAAGCGAACAAGUAUGUCAUCAUGGAUGCGCAGGGAAAUCACAUUGGGUAUAUGGCGGAGCAAGAGAAGGGCAUGGCCAAUGCCAUGGCGCGUCAAUGGUUCCGCACACAUCGGAGCUUCGUGACUCAUGUGUUUGAUAGACAUGAGAAUGAGGUGCUACGGUUCAAUCGUCCAUUCUCGUGGAUCAACUCUCGAAUUCUAGUCUACGAUCCUCUCGAUACCAACGCUAGCUCUUCCACAUACUCAUCCGUUCAAACGACGACUCCAGGUGGCUUGGUCCAAGCUGAGGCUUCAUCGAAUGCACAAGUCUCCCCGCUCGACUUUGCUCAGAUGCGUGUUAUUGGUGAAGCGCAGCAGCAAUGGGCACCCCUACGGCGAAAAUACAAUCUGUUCACAUAUCACCAGUCGCCCAACUCUGCGACGGACAUGGGUACUCAGAGAUUCGCUCUUGCCGAAUCCGGCUUAUCAAAACAACAGCAAAUGCAGCUCGCCCAGGUUUCAAGUCAGGGUCAAGGUGAAUUCAACCAGUUUGCUUACGUCAACGAGCCAUUCCUAUCCUGGGACUUCUCUCUCCUUUCGGCAGAGAACCGACUGAUUGGAUCCGUGAACCGCAACUUUGCCGGAUUUGCUCGGGAAAUCUUCACGGAUACGGGUGUUUACGCAUUGCGUAUGGAUUCUGCUGGAGCGACCACCGAGGCAUUAGCAAAUCAGGGCAAUUCCGCCCCUGGAAUGACCCUUGAUCAACGAGCAGUGAUGCUCGCUACAGCCGUCAGUGUUGAUUUCGACUACUUCAGCCGUCACAGUGGGUCGGGUGGAUUUGGUUUCUUGCCCCUUUGGUUCCCCGGAGUUGGCGGAGAGGCUGCGGCUGGAGGAGCGGCCGCUGGAGAGGCCGCUGGAGCUGCCGGGGGUGCUGCUGCUGGCGGUGCAGCUGCUGGAGAAGCUGGUGCUCUUGGCGAGGUGGCAGCUGGUACUCUCGGACGGGCAGGCGCUGCUGGUGGCAUGGCAGAUGGCAUAGCAGCCGGCGCUGCGGGCGCUGGCGCCAUGGCUGGCUAUGAAGCCAUGCAGAGGGGCAUGUCGGCCAACCAGGCUCCUGAGACGCCUGCCCCUGGCCAAGCUGCGAUGCCGCCAUCCGACCAGCAAUCCCCAGGGCAGCCUGGCCAGUCUGAAGACGUAUGGGCCGAGGAACCGCCGGUGGACCCUUCGGCUGAAGACGAAUUUGUUGAUCCGUGGGGUGAUGAAGGAUCAGAUGAAGGAGGUGGGGAUGAUUUUGACUGGUUCUAA